UCUCUCUAACUUUACCUUCUCUUCUUCUUUCUUAGAACCCUACAUUACUCAAUUAAUGGCGAUUUUACCGGAAAACUCUUCACACUUGGAUCUUACUAUCUCCGUUCCAGGCUUCUCUUCGUCUCGACCCUCCGUGUCAGAUGAAGGAAGUGGCGGAGGAAGAGAGCAGCUAAAGCUAGACAUGAAUCAAUUGCCGUCUUCGUCUGAAGACAAUGAAGAACUCAGCCACGGUGGCUCUGCUCCUCCCCGCAAGAAACUCCGUCUAACCAGAGAACAGUCUCGUCUUCUUGAAGAUAGUUUCAGACAGAAUCAUACUCUUAAUCCCAAACAAAAGGAAGCACUUGCAAAGCAUUUGAUGCUACG